AAAUUAAUUAAUUAAUUUUUUUUUAAAAACAAAAAACAGUGUCAGCUAUGAGUGAUCAUCAAUAUAAUAAUAAAUAUGAUAUGAAUUUUAUUAUUAAUAUAUUGAUUACUAUUGUGCUAUUAAUUGCUACAAUUAUAUUGACAUUUUGGAAAUCAAUUUUCGGUGUCAAUCGAAAAUGUUUGAAAAGUCGGCCACCGUCGCCACUAUGUCUGCCAAUUGUCGGACACAUGUAUCUGAUGGCCAAACACAACGACAAUCCGUGGCGCGGUUUCAAUGAACUGAGAGGAAAGUAUGGUAAUAUAGUUGGUCUAAAAUUAGGACAAAUCAAAGCCGUAUUGAUAUCGUCGGCCGAUUUGAUGCGCGAAGUAUUGCUGGUCAAGGGUGACAUAUUUUGCGAUAGGCCAUCAUUUUUUAGGUAUUCCCUUAUAUUUGGUCGGGACAAAAACAAUGCGCUGGCACUGUGCGACUGGUCGGACAUACAAAAGUUUAGGCGAUCGAUGGCUCAGUUGGGUCUUAUACCGAAGUUUGGCUCACAUUUCUAUAGACAACUGGCCAAAUGUAUUGAAAGUGAAAUACAAUUAAAAAUUGUUGGACUACUGGAUGAAAGUCAUAGUAAAAAAACUAAUAGUAAUACUGUAGUAAUAAAUCUAACCAAACGAGACGUCCUUAUCAUGUGUGCCAACAUUUUCAUUAAAUACUUGUGCACUAAAAAACCUUCAAGUGAUUGUAAAAAAUUUUUGGCCGCCGUUGACGACUAUGACUAUAUCUUCUAUGAUGUUAACCAAUGUUAUGCCAUUGAUUUCCUACCGUUCCUAUCGGUUCUGGGUCUUCAUCGACAGUAUCUCAAUAGUGUUGAACAAUCGGCACUUAGUUUAAGGAAUUACGUGGAAAAAGAGUUGAUUGCCGAUAGACUUGUCGACACAAUUGAUAGACUAGAGUCCAGGGGGUCGUCGGCGGCUUCGGGUAGUGUCGUCAACAACGAUGAUGACGACGAUGAGGACAACACCGAUACGGACAACUGUCCGACCGAUUUCCUGGAGCUAAUGCUUGAACACUAUGUGGAAAACCCCUCAUCGGCAAUGUCGUGGCCAAUCAUGUUGUACGAAAUGGGCGAUCUGGUUGGCGGCCAUUCGGCAGUCGGUAAUCUAUUGAUGCGAUUGUUGGGUUGGGUAGCCCUGAAUGAACGGGUACAACAGGAACUGUAUGAGGAAGCUGUCCGGGCAUUGGCCAAACAGCCCAAUGAUGAUCGGCUGAUACGGCUGGAUCAUCGGCCACUGAUGCCCGUGACUGAGGCCAGUAUAUUGGAGACCUUGAGGCUAACAUCGUCGCCGAUUGUACCGCAUGUUAACCGAGAGGAUACGACACUUCAAGGUUAUGACAUCGAAAAGGGAACAAUGGUAUUGUUCAACACCUACUACUUGAAUAUGUCGGAUAAGUAUUGGUCGGAACCCCAGGAGUUUAGACCCCAACGUUUUGUAUCGAAAUCCUACGGUAAUGCCAGUCAUAUAAGCAAACCGGACCACUUUUUCCCGUUCAGCUCCGGCCGUCGGUCGUGUUUGGGCUAUAAAAUGGUCCAAACAAUAGCGUUUGCCGCACUGGCCAAUCUGGUACUUAAUUUCCAGUUGACUCCCGCCACCGAAUCAACUACCGGUGCCGCCGCCGAUUCAGGAGCCGAUAAAAUCCGUAGCCAAUUGGCACCAAAAGGUUGUCUGGCAUUGGAUUUAUCAGACAAUUGCUUUCAAGUGGCUCUGAGUCCAAGGCCUACCACCACUACCACUACCACUAACACCACCACAAGCUUAUCAUAAAUAAUAAUAAUAAGAGACUGUAUGUGUGUAUGUCAUGUGAAGAGGAACCUCCGAUUUUUUUUUAAAAAAAAAGUUUUAGUUAAUAGUUGUUAUAAAUAAUAAAAUUUUUUAUUUUAGCUAACUUUCCCUCAAAUAAAAUAUCACACAUUUAGUACAGUAUAUAAUAAUAAUUUGAAUGC